AUGAAUGAUCCUCCCUCCCGGCUGGGGCGCAGCCUGGGGCGCACCAGGGUCUGCGCGCGCCUGGCAGAGGCACCCCUGGCCCGGGGAGCCCCUAAUUCCUCACUGGCGAGUGUCAGUGGAGGAAGUGUCACCCCAGAGGACGGAGGCACCGGAGACAACGUGGACUGUGAGCCCUGGGUCCGAGAGAAAGUGCUAUUCCUCCUGCACCCGGAGAGGAGGUGGUUGGGGAGCCAGGAGGACCCUGGACGCCAAGGGGCGGACGCUCCCCAGGAACGCGGGUGCCCCUCUCCUCCCUUUCUAUCUCCGGAGAGAAUUCCGGGCAGUCGGGGUGCAGACAGCCAGGCCACCAGCAAAUCAGUGCUCGUGCGGGUCGUGGAUUACCAGGUGACCCAAGAAUUGCUGCAGAGCGCGUGGACCCGGGGCCAAAUGACAAGGCGCACCGAGGAGCGCACCAUGACCGCCUUCACUUUUCGCACCAACAGGGAGUGA